GAUCUGUGUUGGAAAGAAGUGGACAGCAGUGAAACGGCUUGUUUUGCUCUGCUAUGCUGCCUUAGGGUGCGCCACCGCAUCCGCGGAUGGGGCUCGCGCAGCCAUCAAGAGGGCGGAUUCGUGCAAGUAAAUAUGUACCUUCCAUGACGAUACAAAUCGUAAAAGCCGGUGUUCGCCGCCAUCGUGUCUGUAUCUUAUGUCUAGUGCGUUUUUCUUGAUACCGCAGGGUCUGAUGGCGUGGUUGUUUGAUGAAAAGUUCAAAAGUUUGGGUGGUUUAAAUACUUCUGGGGAAGAUGAGGGCUGAGAAAGCUGGAAGCAGGCGAAGCCGUCUGAGUCACGUGCCAAUGGAUCCACUUGUCUCCAACGCAGCAGCUGCGGGCUUGGCAGUUGGCGGCGCUGUGGACUGGCUCAUUGGACAUCUGUGUUUUGGGGAACCUGGAAGCAACGCAACGCAUCAAAGCCGAUGAACGAACUGUCGAAGCUCUGGAAAGGGACCUGACGACCGCCUCCUUUUCGAUCGACAAGCAUCGACCACGAACCCGAACAACGGUGCAAUCAAUACAUCACUCAGGAUGAGCUUAACGUACGGGGUUGCGGGGAUAACAACCCUCCUGACAGUGGUGGGAGCUUACAUGCUUUUUACUGGAAACGGUGAAGCAUUCAAUGUCGGCGCCUUUCUCGAAUCCGUUUCUCCAUACGCGUGGGCAGACACAGGCAUUGCCCUCUGUAUCGGCCUUUCAGUAGUAGGAGCAGCAUGGGGUAUCUUUAUCACCGGUUCCUCCAUCCUGGGUGGUGGUGUCAAGGCCCCCCGAAUCCGAACCAAGAACUUGAUCUCGAUUAUCUUCUGUGAGGUCGUCGCCAUUUACGGCGUCAUUAUGGCCAUCGUCUUCUCCGCCAAGCUCGCCCCGGUCGAGGGCGCGGAUGUAUACUCUGGCAGUACCUACUUUACGGGUUAUGCGCUCUUCUGGGCUGGUCUGACUGUCGGCAUGUGCAACCUUGUUUGCGGUGUUGCUGUUGGUAUCAACGGUAGCGGUGCUGCUCUUGCCGAUGCUGCCGAUCCUACUCUCUUCGUCAAGAUCCUCGUCAUCGAGAUUUUCAGCUCCGUUCUUGGACUCUUCGGGCUCAUCAUUGGACUUCUCGUUGCCGGUAAGGCUGAGGAUUUCGGGAUGCACUCCUGAUCAACUUUUCAGCCUUGUCUUGUCUUGUGGUUUUAACUACCUCUAACGUACCAUUAUCACACACGCAUCAUUCAAGGAUGACGAAACGGUGUACAUUACACAUAUCUUACACAACACAACACACCACCACAUAUAUGACGCCCGCCCCCCCCUCCUCCCCACCCCCAAAAAGAAACACACAUCCAUGAGAAUUUGAGACUGCUAUAGCGAGCGUGUCUUGUCAUCGUCGUCGUCGUCUGUGUUGUAGUAAGCAAGCUUCAUUUUUUCUUCAUCACACCUGGCGUUUUUUGGAAGAAAUUAGGGCGGUAAAUGGGCUAUUAAGGGGGUAUGGGUUGGUUGGUUGGUUGGUCUUUAUUGGCAUUGAUGAUGAUGGACAGGCAUAUGUAUUAAACUUGGGGGAUGGGGUUGGGGGAUAGGUGGUGGGGAGUGUGUAGAAGUAGAGAUGCU